AUGUCUUUCGGAGGCCAAACACCGACCAUCAUUGUCCUGAAAGAGGGCACCGAUACCUCGCAGGGCAAGCCCCAGAUCAUCUCCAACAUCAACGCCUGUCUCGCCGUCCAGGCCACCAUCAAGUCGACACUCGGUCCCUAUGGCGGUGACCUAUUAAUGGUGGAUGAGAACGGCAGGCAGACCAUCACAAACGAUGGCGCCACCGUCAUGAAGCUCCUCGACAUUGUCCACCCUGCCGCCCGAAUCCUCGUCGACAUUGCCCGAUCACAAGAUGCCGAAGUCGGCGACGGCACCACCUCGGUCGUCGUGCUCGCCGGCGAGAUCCUCAAGGAGAUCAAGGAACAUGUUGAACAGGGUGUCAGCUCACAGAUCAUCAUCAAGGGCCUGAGGAGGGCCUCCACCAUGGCUGUCAACAAGAUCAAGGAGAUUGCCAUCAACACCAACGAGGCUAACCGCCGCGAGACCCUCAGCAAGUUGGCCGCCACCGCCAUGACUAGCAAGCUCAUCAAGAGAAACACCGAGUUCUUCACAGAGAUGGUUGUCGACGCCGUCCUUUCCCUCGACCAAGAAGACCUCAACGAAAAGUUAAUAGGCAUGAAGAAGAUCCCCGGCGGCUCCCUGACCGACUCGCUGUUCGUCAACGGUGUCGCCUUCAAGAAGACCUUCUCGUACGCCGGUUUCGAGCAACAGCCCAAGUCGUUCAAGAACCCCAAGAUCUGCUGCCUUAACGUCGAGCUCGAGCUCAAGGCCGAGAAGGACAAUGCCGAGGUGCGCGUCGAGCAGGUUUCCGAGUACCAGGCCAUCGUCGACGCCGAGUGGCAGAUCAUUUACAAGAAGCUUGAGGCCGUCCACGCGACAGGCGCUAAGGUUGUGCUGUCCAAGCUGCCCAUCGGCGAUCUGGCUACCCAGUACUUUGCCGACCGCGACAUCUUCUGCGCCGGCCGCGUCACCUCGGAGGAUAUGGAGCGUGUCGUCCAGGCCACGGGCGCCACCAUCCAGAGCACCUGCUCCGACAUUCUGCCCGAGCACCUGGGCACCUGCGGCACCUUUGAGGAGCGCCAGAUCGGCGGCGAGCGCUUCAACUUCUUCGAGGACUGCCCGUCGGCCAAGACGUGCACGCUGGUCCUGCGCGGCGGCGCAGAGCAGUUCAUUGCCGAGGUCGAGCGCUCCCUGCACGACGCCAUCAUGAUCGUCAAGCGCGCCAUCCGCAACAAGACCAUUGUCGGCGGCGGCGGCGCCGUCGAGAUGGAGAUCUCUGCCUACCUGCACCGCUUCGCCGACCGCGACGUGGCCCACAAGCAGCAGGCCAUCAUCAAGUCAUUCGCCAAGGCCCUCGAGAUCAUCCCCCGCCAGCUGUGCGACAACGCCGGCUUCGACGCCACCGACAUCCUCAACAAGCUCCGCGUCGAGCACCGCAAGGGCAACACGUGGGCCGGCGUCGACUUCACCAACGAGGGCGUCUGCGACAUGAUGGAGCGCUUCGUCUGGGAGCCCGCGCUCGUCAAGAUCAACGCCCUCCAGGCGGCCACCGAGGCGGCUUGCCUCAUUCUCGGCGUGGACGAGACCAUCAGGAACGAGGAGAGCCAGGCGCCACAGGCCCCUGGCCAGAAAUUGCCGCCCGGCGCGGCCCAGAGGGCUUUGAGGGGAAGGGGUCGUGGCAUGCCUAGGCGGUAG